GAGAGAGCGAGAGAGAGAGUGAGAGAGAGGUACAGUGACAGAGAGUGGAGAGAGUACUGAAGAGAGAUUAAACGUCUGAUGUCUAAUACAGUACCAUAAAAGGAAAUUUAAGAUGGAUGUUCUGAUUGGAGAGAAUGGAGUUGUCCCCAGACCACGGAGCAAGCUGCCUGUGAUAUGUGCUGCUGUGCUGGGGGGUUUCACACUGCUCUGUGCUUGGCUGCUGGACUCUGAUCGGUUUAUUGAGAAAGUAGUGAUCAUGAUUUUCUGCUUUAUUGCGGAAACGUGUAUUCAUAGUAUGUGUUUGUUUGCUGAGGAGUGGCUCUUUCAUGCAAAGCAAAGGUAUCAUGGCAGAAUAAGCAGUAUCUUUCAGUCUUGCUUUAGAACACAUGCUCUUCUGGGACUGUGUGUAAUAUUCCUAAUGCUAAUGCUGAGUGGAGUUUCCAUAUCUCAUGAUCAAUGGAGCACCAUGGCCAUUAUGUGUGCCGUUUACCUGUUGCUUAAGAGCCUGGGAAUUCUGGGUCCUGCUCCGGUGGAAAUCUCUGAGAUUUGUGAAGUGAGGAAAAUGAAUGUGGCUCAUGGCUUGGCCUGGUCUUUCUAUUUUGGCUACUUGAAGUUUAUGCUUCCAGAUUUACAGAAAAAGGUCACCAGAUACACCGCCACUGGAGAGAGACUGAGUUCUCCUCGCCUCCAUAUCCUUCUGCCUCUCAACGCUGCAGUCCCUUCCAAACCUGAGGAGGAGGACACUAAUGUGGUCUUUUACAAUAAUCUUCCAGAACUGGAGCUGGACAGAGCUGGGGUGAGGAAACGCAGCUACAAGAACAGCAUCUACAAGAUCAGUGGUCAGAACAAUGAGAUUUACCACUGUGUUUUGGAAUAUGCCACACCACUUGAGACGCUGUAUAAGAUGUCCCACGAGAGCAAUGCAGAGUUUGGAGAGAGAGAGCGAAAACAGCAGGUCUUGCUUUUCUACAGAACUCUCAGCCAAAUUCUGGAAAAUUCUCUGGAGUGCCGGAAUCAUUACCGACUUGUCCUGCUCAAUGAUGAACACACAGGUGACCCUCAUUACCUCUCCAGAGAGAUCAUUCAGCACCUGCAACAACAGAAUGGAGAAAUUUACAUGGAUCCAGUCCAAGAGCUGCCACAGGACAGGGCUGUGCAUCCAGUCCCAGAAGAGGGUCCGAUGAGGAAUUUUUAUGCGGCUGUGGGUGGUCCUAUUUCAGAAGAGCCGCUGAGCAGCAUCCCCACCCUCAUGUUCAGCGAGCCUAGAUCAUUACGAUCAGAGCCAGUGGAAACUACUGAUGAUUACAUCCAACAGAACCCUAGGGGAUUUUGAUUUCUUGGUAUUCAUUCUCCUGUCGGCUAUUCAACACCACCCAUUGUCUGCACCAUGAAGCGCCCAAAAUAACAUUAAAGAACAUUGAUGAAUGAAUUCAUUUAUUCCUGUGAAAGUUUCAUUGAAUCUUCUGAAGAGCUAUUCAUUCUCAAUAAAUAUUAUUUUAAAAAGUUCCUUG